CUUGCACUCCAACCAAAUCAGCUGUCAAGUGUUGUAUACACAGAGUCUGAUUGGACCAAGGGAUUAUUUUAAUAACGGGCAAAUUAGCAGUAUGGUUCAGUCAGGUUCUCCUGAACUCCCGGGCGACAACGGUGACAACCUCCAGACAAAUGGCAUUCACAUUCCCAACUACGGUCAAAACACAAGCGAUGACAGCGACGACGAAGGGAUUGGAACUGCCUACGACGGGUACGAGCCACUUCCUUUAGGCGACACGGCCGAGGACCAAAUGCAAGAUCCAGACAAUAUGCACGUGGAUGAGAACCCCAGCAACCCCGAUUUGCCGCCUAUCGAAAGCAGCGAUGCAGAAAUUGCCAGGCAGGUGUGGAGUGAGCCCAGACCGGAAUCUCUUGACUUGGAGCUGGACAGUUCUAGGACCGAACAGAUUAUGUCAGCGAUGGCUAAUAUUACUCUCCCCAACUCCGCGAUACCCGAAUGGGCGCAAUCUGUCCCGGAGGAAAGGUGGAAACAGGACCUGUUGGAGCGGAUCAGGCAGAGAAAGGAUGGCUCCCAAACUGGGAACGGCGAGGGGACUUCAAAGUAGUUACGCUCUAGGAAAGAAUACACGUUGUGUUAAAUUUUAUACAUAUUUAUUUGAUGUUGUAAUAAAAAAGACGUUGCCAUGA